AUAAAAGGUCACAAAACUAUUCACUUUGUUUGAAAUGAUCACUAACCUUUUAUUUUGCAUGUUUCAGUAAUAUACGUUUGAGAGAAUAACAAAAUGGACAUUUCGUUCAUCUCUAUCCAAAAAAUCGUUAGUUUCGUUCAGUCAGCACGCCAAAUCACUUGAAAUACUAAUAAAAUAUUUAAUGAUCUAACUCAAUUAGAGGUGGCAAUUUCAAUCCAAUCCACCAAUCCAAUCCAUCAAUCCAUUAAAAAUAUCCAUCUAAUCCAAUCCAUUUAAAUCCAAUCCAUUUAAUCCAAAUCCAAUUGGAUUGGUGGAUUCAUGGAUUGGAUCCAUGGAUCAUUGGCAAAUUACGGUUUAGUACCUAUAAUUUUUAUUUGUUACAUUUUGGUACCUAAAAUUUAAUUUUUUAUACGAAAAAUAUCAUUGGAAAAUUACGUUUUGGUACCUAAAAAUUUUCAUUAUGGCAUUUUAGUACCUAAACUUUUUACAUUUUACAUAUUGCUCCUUGGUUGAUGAUGUCAUUUGGAUUCAUGGAUAAUCCACCAAUCCACUUGAUCCAAUCCAUGAAUCCACCAAUCCAUUAGAUCCAAUCCAUUUGAUCCAUGGAUCCACCAAUCCAAUCCAUCAAUCCACCAAUCCAAUCCAUUUGCCACCUCUAAACCCAAUUGAACCGGACAGUACAACCAAAAAUCAUAAUUCUAUACAACCUGAUUGUUAGAUCAUCCAACCCAGAAAAAUGACGGCGGAAACAAAGAAGCUCAAAACAACAGUUGAACCCAACAGGCUCAGCACCUUCCCCGACGCCAUCCUCAUUGCAGUCGAGUUCAACCUCAAAGCCACCGCCCAAACCUCCCUCUUGUCCCAUCGUUGGCGCAACCUCCCCAAAAAAAUUCUCUCGUCUUAAAUUAUCAUAUGAUUAAUUACUAAUAGAAUUAAUUAACUCGAUGGAUGACUCAAACAAUUUGUAACCCGAUCCAUCUGUAACCCUUUUGACCAUAAUUUGAUCUACUCGUACGAUCUACUCACAACCUAAUUGAUCCAUAACCCUAUCAACUUGUUAGAUGAUUGGCCUGUGACUUGAUGAUCUGUAACCUCAAUUGACUUACAACCCGAAUAACCCAUGACAAAAUAGACCAUAAACCCAACUAACCAGUAACCGGAGGACCAAACCCGAACCAAACCCACCCCAACCUACCGAUUGACACCUACGCUUUACCGUGGAAACGCCGUAGCCGUGUUGCCUGUCGAGUGUCGAGUCAGGCAGCCAUCAAUUUCGUAACUCCUCCUUAUAUACAUGAGAAGGUUGGUCCGGGAAAAAAAUAACCAAGACCGAAGAAGGUUUGGUGACCCAUUUGUAUAUUUUCCCGGCAUCGCUCCGCCGACCCUCUUUCUUCUUCGCUGGUCUGCUUUCGAAUCAGUCGCGCUCCAUUUCCUUUCUGCUAGCUUCGAUAAUCCGAAGCGAUCCUGCGGAAUCCCAGAAGAGCGCGGGCUCACAUUUCGAUCUUUUGUUCCCUUAAUUUUACAACUUUUGAUUCGAUCCCUGGAACGAAAUUUUCCCAAAAGAGAAUGGACGGCUUGUGCUUGAAAUCAGGGAUACACGGCAUGCCGCCGUCGAUCUCCGUUGCCGGCUCUCUGGGACAAGUACGGGCGAACGCGACCCACAUGAGCCCUGCGAGCAGGGAUCACAAAUCUAAUUCUUCGCCGCCGCCGUCGUCCAAGUUCUCGUUCCGGUACCCUCUGCAGUCCUGGUGGCCGGGAGGAGGCCAGAGAUGCAGCGGGAGGCAUACUGGGACGGUGGCCAUGGAUGGCGGUGGCUGCGGCGAAGCCGUUGUUGUCGUCGAUAAUGUCGAGGCGGGCAGCGGCGAGGACGGCGGGGCGAUUGAAGGGCGGGAUCAAAGCUGGGUUAUGAAGAUUUUGCAUGUGAGGUCUCUUUGGAAGGAAGGGGAGUCGGAGGCGAAGGGCAGCGAAAAUGAAAUUGACGUAAGCGGCGGCGGUAAUUCCGCCGACGAUGGAACGGCGGAGGAAGACGUCGACGACGAGGAGCUCUGCUGCGUUGCCGAGGAUGGAGUAGACGAGAUUGAAUUCGACAGGGAUUCGUUUUCCAGAUUGCUUCGCAGAGCUUCCCUCGCAGAGGCUAAGCUGUAUGCUCAAAUGUCGUAUUUGGGGAACUUGGCGUAUUGCAUACCCAAGAUCAAGCCUGGAAAUUUGAUGAAAUAUCGGGCCCUCAAGCUAGUAACCUCUUCGGUGGCAAAAAGAGAGUUGGCUAAGGAAACUCAGGCACCAGAUGAAGUUCGGGAAGAAGAAAAGGAGACUUCGAAGGAGGAACCAGGAGUGACUGAGGGGGAGGAAGGCAAGAAUGAUGGGCAUCAUAUAAAUGCCUCGACAGCUUAUCAAAUAGCUGCCAAUGCUGCUUCCUAUUUGCACUCUCAUGCAAAGCACAUUCUUCCUUUCAGUUCCACAAAAGUGGAAAUGGACAAAGAUAUUUCCAAUUGCGACACCAGAUGCAGCAACGAUGUGAUGGACUCAGAGGUGGCUUCUCUUAUGGCAACGACAGACUCAGUGACAGCUGUUGUUGCUGCAAAAGAAGAAGUGAAACAAGCUGUUGCAGAUGAUUUGAGUUCAACAGGCUCAUCCCCCUGCGAGUGGUUUAUAUGUGAUGAUGAUGAGUGCACAAGAUACUUCGUGAUUCAGGGAUCUGAGUCACUGGCAUCUUGGCAAGCCAAUCUUCUGUUCGAGCCUAUUGAGUUUGAGGGUUUGGGUGUGCCUGUGCAUAGAGGUAUUUACGAAGCUGCGAAAGGCAUAUACGAGCAAAUGCUGCCCGAAGUACGAGCCCACCUAAAGUCAUAUGGCAGCAGGCGUGCGGCCUUUCGUUUCACUGGUCAUUCCCUCGGUGGAAGCUUGUCUGUGCUCAUAAACCUGAUGUUGCUAAUAAGAGGUGAAGUGCCAGCCUCGUGUUUGCUCCCUGUCAUAACAUUUGGUUCGCCAUCCAUCAUGUGCGGUGGAGACCAGCUCCUUGAUAAGCUUGGCCUGCCCCGGAAUCAUGUACAGGCGAUAACAAUGCAUAGAGACAUCGUCCCGCGGGCUUUCUCCUGUAAUUACCCUAAUCACGUUGCAGAACUUUUGAAAGCUGUGAAUUCGAACUUCCGGAGCCACUCAUGUCUCAAUAACCAGAGCAUGUUAUACGCCCCGAUGGGUGAAAUCGUGAUUCUACAGCCAGACGCGAGAUUCUCACCUCACCACGAACUCCUACCCUCAGGUAGUGGGUUGUUCUUCCUGAGCUACCCAAUAUCUGACCGCGGUGGUAAUGAAGACAAUGCAGAGAAGCUGAUUCGAGACGCAAAGGCCAAGUUCCUCAACACGCCACACCCACUCGAGAUCCUGCGCGAUCGGGCUGCUUAUGGUUCCGAAGGAGCAAUCCAGCGGGACCACGACAUGAACUCGUACGUGAAGUCGUUGCGCAACGUGAUACGCCUGGAGAUGAACCGCAUCAGGAAGGCGAGGAGGGAGCUGCGACGGAAGUUCUGGUGGUCGAUGCUGGCCCCCCACGACGUCCUCGUGGUCGGGAGGCAGGGUUUUUCUUCGAGGGAGAAGGUACUGCAGUUCAACUUCUCGGGUGCGUUGCAGACGGGAAGAGACUCGUUGAAGAGGUUCAGCAGGAUGGUGGCUUCCCAGCACAUGCACUUGUUUGUGGUGCUUUUGCUCCCUGCACGAUUGGUUCUCUUAGGUGUUUACAACGUGAUCAAGCUUCAUUGAUCACCAUCGUUGUCUUUUGAUCUUUCUUGUUUGUCAAGGAAUGAUUUUGUACAGGGCAAAGAAAGCUGGUAGGUCGAUUCUUUAAUCUUUUAUUAUUCAUUUGACCUCAGUCAUAGAAGGUGGCUGGCUUCUAUUCUAAGGACAAAAUGCGGUAACUUGCAAUUGCAUUGCCUAGCAAUGGAUCCACACACGUGGCAUAGUUAACAUUCCAUUCCUCCCAAAAAAAAAACUCGUACGAAACGUCAUAUUCUCAUAGCGUGGUUGGUUGUCCUUCAAGGCCAGAUGGCGAUAUUUACAUUUAUUCAUGUAGCGUCGUGGGCGUAUCGUGAUGUAGAUUCCUAAUUUUGUGACCGCAGGCAGUUGGGGACGGUGGUCUAUCUUUCAGCAGUUUGUUUCUGUGCCAUUAUUAUUGUUAGUUACGACGAAUGAUUAUGUGGAUUUGGGUUUGCUUGCGUAUCCAAAUUAAUCUGUGUAAUUUGUCACGCGACUUCUCUCUCACUUACACGUCACUAAUAAUGGAGAGUUGGGCGAGUGAAGCGUGAAGAAAAGAAACAGGUUUAUUGGCCUGGUUGAUUACUGUAGAUUGUAUCGGAAAAGUGGUAGGUAAGCUUGGAGUUGUGUUCCUAAACCGAAGGAUGGGUGUAGAGCCAUGUCGGAAAAUAUCAGAGUUGGUCCAAUCCAAAUACGAGAAUUCUCAAUCCAUAGUUGGAUUGGAUGGGAUUGCCACUCGCAUAGAAACAAGCGGGCAAGGCAAGGGUCAUGCAAUGUUAUGGAAAUGUAAAAAGGUCCAACACGGUGGUGGUCUAGUGGAUGGACUCGAUGGGAGACAAAACUGUGAGGGACCAGGUGGUGCCGAUUGCCCAGUCUAAAAUGGCUGUGCUUGCCGGUUGAGUUGUUGUUGGGCUGGCUGUCUCUUUUGGCUCGUGGAUAAACAUCCAACGAGGCGCAACGAGGAAAGGUUAGCCACUCUCCAUCAAAGUGUUACAAAAUGUCUGUACGUAGUUGUGUGAAAGACCGAACCGAACCGAAUUGGUCGGUCCAAUUGAUGGUCUGCAUUUAAUCAUCGUAUUUGAACCGGUUGGUUGGAUGUCAAUUUGGACGAAUAAUUGCUCGAACCGAGUUUGCACGGUUAACUACUUGAAUCUGGCGAAGGGGCUCAAUAAUUCCAACCGAUGUCCAAUUAAAGACAACACACAAGUUAUUUUCAAUUACGCCAUCAAUAUGUUGUAUCAAUAUACAAAAACGUUAAAAUAUUAUUCAUGAAAAUUUAGAAAUGAGAGAGAAUAUAGAAAGCUCAAGAUCUUCAAUCUUAAUAUCUAGGGUUGAUCUUCUAGCUUCAAUGGUGAUGGGGUACCUCCAAUUUAGCUCCACGAACCCUCUUAGAACGCUCUCCCUCUCUUUGAACUGUUCUGAUGACACGUGAAAGUAUCUAUUCUAGACCCUCGUAUUGUGACCCAAAGUGCAUACAUAACAUUUCCUAUCUAUAAUGUCAUAAUACAUUACUUAUUGUUAUGAUUGCUUCAAGUGUGUUAUAGUAACCUUAUGAUUGCUUUUAUACGAUUGAUACGCUUUUGGUAGCGUUUUGUGCAUUUUUAGGCCAAAGCAAUCUAGUGGACCACUUGGAAGCCGUAAGGGACAUCGAGACCAAGUUGCUGGAGCCAGGAUUCGUAGACCGGACGCCUAAGUAAAACGGUGCCCAAAGCGUCGUUUUAAUAAAGAAAAAAGGAGGCCACGCCGUUGUUUUAGGGAGGUCGUCCACUUCGUCAAUAAGUUAUUUCGGAGCAUCCUGAUUCUCUAGUCACGUGUUUGGAGCAUUCUGAUUGGUCGAAUGACGCAAAAGAGGCGAGUUUUCCUCCUCAAGAAGCCUAAUCGAAGAUCUAUAAAUAGGGUUCUAGAGAAAGAACUAGAGAGGAGACGAGAGGUCAAGGAAUUAUCGUUACUAUACCAACAUAGUAAUCCUCAUAACUUAGAAUGAGCACACUCUUAGAGGGAGAAUCAGCAGCCAAAACGGUGCCCUAGGGCCUACUUUAUCUGUUACAACCAAUGUGGGACUCCUAGUGUAUUUGUUUCCAUCAAUGAACACCCAGGAACCCUUCCCCAUGGCUCUCUAAGUUCCUUAGUUGCGUAUGUGUAUGAAUCCUAGGUGUUCUAACCAUUAAACUCAAUGAUUUGGUUUACGAUUGUUUGAUUUUCAUAUGUGUGAUGCUUGAUUUCCUCUAUUUCGUUAUUAGUUAUUCGAAUGAUUGCUUAGUCGAUCUUGCACUCCUUCGAGGUGCAAAGAUCAAAAUCCUAGUCGUUUAGGAUGGGUCUAGAAAUAGCAGUCCUACUCGAUCGAACCUCAUUCGAUCAAACGGCGUGACUCCUCAUGGGACAAUUGCGAAGGUUCCUUGUCACCCAUUAGUUCGGCUAAAUGCUUCGAUACAAGGUGGGAUCUGACGAACUAAAAAAUUUGCAGCUCAUAUGCUCCGAUCAUUGGGGGUGUGUGGUUAGGACCUAGGGUAAACAUUGCCUAUGCAACUCUUUCCUUUGUCUCGCUUCUCUAGUAGCUUAUAAUUUACCUUUCUGCACUGCUUUACUUUCCAACUCUUACGUGUUGCAAAACCAGAGGCACCUCAACCUCCUAAAUCGACCUCUUAUUCAAUAGAACUGUAUCUCCCUUUCAAAGUAUGGGUUCUACGAGAGGCUCGAGGGAAUACGAUCCUUACCUUAGGGCCAUGUAAAUUUGGUAGCGAUGCUACAAUCUCGACGAUCAUGCCCCUUGGAUGUUUUUGGCUGAAAGCCCAGCUCUCUCCCUCUCAAAACUUACAUCAACAACUUUAUACUCGAAACAGUGCACGAGUCAUGAUUCAUGUCACGACCGUGACAUUUGACAGUGAUCGUGACAUCGAAUAGAAAUACACCAAACUCACGACUAUGUUGCCCAUGUCACAAUUGAAACCGUGCUAUGUGUUGGCCGGUUGUGACAUGUUUAAAAGUAUGUCGAAUGUCACAACUUCAACUAGAAAUGUCAUGGCUUGGGUCGUGACAUGUGCCCCCUAAACCGUGACAUUUGUCACCCUGUUGUUUUGCAUCCCAGUUUUGACUUCAAAUGUUCCAACUAUCGUUCCUUCGCCAUAUUCACCUAAUCAAUUUGGCCAAAAUAUUUGCUUUAUCCAAAUUUUAUGAAACGAAACUGAUCAAUCUCGAAACAAAAUGAUUAGAUCAAAUUGAUCGGAUAGAACUCAUCAUCCAAACUAAACUCCUUAAAUUUGUUCGACUUUCGGAUUGGUUCGAGGUGGGACUUUGUUCAGAUCAGCCCUACCUAGGAGAGAGAGAGAGAGGGGGGGGUGGGGACCUGUCAUUGAAAAGGAGAAACAGAUGGCACAUGAUGGCCUUCACAUGUUGGCACUGACAUCAUCUUAUCUGGCCACGAACCACUCUUUUCAAUGUUAUGUUCCCAACAUUCAAACAUCACGUGUUCAUCACUAAUCCUGCUUGCUUACUAAUGUGUUCGCAAUAAAUCCUCUCCCUAAUCCAUUUUUGUUUCUUAAUAUUAUCAUCAUUAUUCGCUCCAUUAAAUUCGCUGCCUUCUUACAAAUCGAUAAACUGACACAUUUUUCCUCCUUAUGUGUGGUUACUGAUGACAUAGUUUUUUCGUGCAGGUUUGAUUGCAGCUAGCUAGGACCUAAGGUUUUGAUGAAAGCCAAUUGACGUCCAUAACUCUCAGGUCACAUCACAUGACUACAUUAUUCUCAUGCAUAAUGAUAUUAAGUAAUUCAUCAAUAAUUGAAUUAGUUUUGGAGUUUGUCAAAGAAAUUCGAGUAGGAUCAAUUAAUUCUCCAAUAGUUCUAGGUAUAAAUCUUAGUUCACUUAUUUGAGUUUAUGUUAUGGUUGUCACGUCGGUGGAAUGUCAUCCGAUUGAACUAGGUUCAACCAAUAUUGGUCAUGAAACCGGCGUGAAUACCACCGGCAUGAUCGAUUUUCAGCAUAGAAACAAACUUACCUAUUUUUAUUGAACUUAGUUCGAUUGUGAUUUAUUUCAUGAAUUUAAAAAUUAAAUGUUGGUGUUACUUGUUGGAUUUAAAUGUUGAUGUUACAAGUAUAAAAGUUUUUCAUACAGGUAAGCUUGUUGGGCAGGUUAAUGACACUGGUGUUGACGUUAAAUGUUGUAUUUAAAUGAGUAUUUUUAAUUUUUUUUUGGAAUGUUGUAUUUUGUUUAAAUAUGCAUAUAUUAUAAGAAACUAGUCUUCAAAUAUGUUUUUUUUUUUUAAUUUUAACUUCAUUUGGCAUUGAUAGUUUUCCAUAUUUAUACAUAUUCAUUAUAUCGACAACAUACUACUUGCUUAACUAGUAUAACAAUAAAAAUCGAUUUAACAACUUGAUUCGCACAACCUCGCCAUACUAGGUGGUUAAAUGAAUUAUAUUAAUAUUGACAGUUACAGAAGAUCAUUUCACCAAACCACAUUCAGACACCACGAAGAAAUACUAGACUUCUUACUAGAGCAAUUUCUCUAGUUUACAUUAACGUUGAUAAUCGCCACCACUAGGCCCUUUUAUAUCAUUGUUGAAUAACUGGCUGGCUAAGCCCGAGAAUGGGAACUAGUGUAACGUUCAAAGCAUUUUGCCAAAUUUACAUCGCAAAUCCCAACAUGUACAUGUUACUAUCACUUUAGAAAAUGGUUUAUAUUUGUAUAUAUAUACCUAUUUAUUUUCUUUUUCUAUCCAUUAGUGGAUUGCAUGUCUUUUAUAAUACAAAGUAUCUCACAAUACAAGAAAACCAUCAUCAUGAUGAAUUCAUUGAACAGUGAAUAACUUAAAGAUUCAACCUCAUUAAAUAAAAGGUUCUCUUAAGAAAACUAGGAAUUUGAUAACUAUUUUUAUAUCACAGUUUGUUUCAUUCUUAAAUGAUUGUUAGUGGUAAAGCUCGGGUCUAAUGUGUUAAAACAUAAUCCUCUCAAACCAGUAGCAUGUUGGUUAGGUCAAUCAGGUUCAACCGCUACCGGGAAUAAGAUCGACAGGAAGAUCCGUGAAUGUGAAGAGGCGGUCAAAGCCAUCAAACCAAGUAAAAGCAGCCUGUCUAACUGGUUCUAGACUCCUGAAGAAAAUAUGGAUCAUAGA